UCAGUGGAUGCGGAACUGCUUCGUGGUGUGUGGUUCGGCAGGGCUGUAGUACAGCUCCGUAGUGUAGUGACGGACACCGUUAUGGGCUUUAAGUGUUAACUCCGGUGUCACGUCGGGCGGGGAAGUUCGGAGUUCGUUUGUAACGUUACAAAAACGUCCUCAAAUUCCACAGGAUGAUGCGUUUCAUGCUGCUGUUCAGCCGGCAGGGGAAGCUGCGACUUCAGAAGUGGUACACAGCUACAGCCGAACGGGACAAGAAGAAGAUGGUCAGGGAGCUGAUGCAGAUCGUCCUCGCCCGCAAACCAAAGAUGUGCAGUUUUCUAGAGUGGAGAGACCUCAAGAUUGUCUAUAAAAGGUAUGCCAGCCUGUACUUCUGUUGUGCUGUAGAGGAGCAGGACAACGAGCUGAUCACUCUGGAGGUCAUCCACCGCUUCGUGGAGCUCCUGGAUAAAUACUUUGGCAGCGUGUGUGAGCUGGACAUCAUCUUCAACUUUGAGAAGGCCUACUUCAUUUUAGACGAGUUCCUGAUGGGAGGAGAGAUCCAGGACACGUCUAAGAAGAGCGUCCUGAAGGCCAUUGAACAAGCUGAUCUGCUGCAGGAGGAGGACGAGUCUCCCAGGAGCGUCCUGGAGGAGAUGGGUUUGGCAUAGUCUGCUGUCGAGAUCCAAGGAGGAUGGUCUGAACUGACGGUGUUGGUUCUGUUUUGGAGACUCAGUCACUGGACUCGGUUCUGUGUGUAUGUGUGUGUGUGCGCGUGUGUUUGUGUGUGAUUGUGUGCGCGUGUGCGUGCAUGCCCAUAUGUAAGUGAGUGUAUGGUUCAGGUCAUGGUGACAGGUUUUAUUUAAAUGUGAGCGUGUGGUCCAGGAUGAACCGGAUCCGGAAAAUUCUGACGGGAAGCAGGUUCUACAGCAGGCAGCUCAGAUUGACAUUCACCUCUAUUCUUGGUACUGAUCCAGAUAGAACCGGGCAGCUGGGUUGGGUUCUGAUGAUUUUCAUGGGUCUUUACUAUUGUACUGACUUUCCUACAACACAGAGAAGAACCAGACUGGCUGGUUUUGAAAGUGGACCAAUUUUCCUGAUCCAAUGGGAACCAGGUUCUGCCCCAGACUUGACACUAUGUUGUCCUGGUUCCUGAGAUAUUCUGAUGAUGUUUUCUCCUCUUCAUCAGUCUCUUCAUCAGUCCUUCCUACAGAAAGAAUAAAUCUAUUUCCUGCCCAGUUUACCUUCUCCAUCCAAAACACAGAACACCAAACAGAACCUUCACCUUCCUGGACAAAGUCCUGACACCUCCCAUCACCCCAUCAUCAUCGUGAGGGUUGGUUUGAUGUUCAGGAUGGAGCUGGAGGACUCCUUGGAUCUGAACCUGUUGAUCACAACUGUUCUGGACAAAACUGUAGUCAGUCGGGGUGUGACUGACCUUUGAACUAAUCCUCAACUCGCCUUUCAGUCAUUCAGUCCUGGUGGUUAGUUUCAGGUUCUGAUCUGCACUGUUGGAUUGAUGCUUCAUGGUUCUGAUUACAGGGGCAGCCUGACCUGUUGGGGUCACACCAGGAUUUUAAAUGAUUGUUAAACUGGACCAUCUGUUGGGCUCAGAUAAAAAGUCUAUCAUGGUUUUAAAGAACCGGGUGGUUCUGAAAGGCUCAGAAUUCCAACUGAAGCAAAAGCUCAUGAUGGAGUAAUCCUGCUGUAGUUCUGUUUGGUUCAAGAUCAGGGGUCCUCCACUCUGGUCCUCAAGGCCCACUAUCCUACAGGUCUUAGAUGUCGCCCUUCUGCAACACACCUGAUUCAAAUUAAACGGCUUUCAGACAAACUCUGCACAAGUCUGCUAAUGAGCCAUUAAUUUGAAUCAGGUGUGUUGCAGCAGGGAGACAUCUAAGACCUGCAGGAUAGUGGGCCUUGAGGACCUGAGUGGAGGACCUCUGGUCUAAACGACUGCUGGUUUGAUCUGGACAGUUUCAGAUGGGAUUGUCGCCCCCUGCGGCUCAUGUAGGGAACUUCUGCUUCAGUGGAUUAAAACUGACCUGCAACAAAGAGAAAAGUUCCUUUUACUUACUUCCUGUUUCCUGUCCAGGUUUGUUAUUUUAAUGAAUACACACAGGGAAUUAUAAACUACACAAAUAGUACAGGAAGGUGGGAAUCUAACUUAUUAAACUGUCUGAACCUUUUCAUCUAAUCUGAUCAGAAACGGUCACUAUGUUUACAUGGAGCACUUUUAAUUGAAUCAAACAUCCAAUCAAAGUAAAAAUGGGUCAUGUAAACAUGUCAGCUGAUCCGAUCGGCCUGAUUGGAAAGAUUUUUCAAUCCAAAGGGUGAUUUAAACUUUUUCACAGUUGGAUCAGCAGGAAAAAAAUGAUUCAGAUAGGUUGUUGAUAGUUUGUGGAGUAUGUUGUCUCUGCGCAUGCUUGACCCACAUGGGGGUUACGUGACAUGAGUUUCAGGAAAAAUGGCGGCAGCAAAACAGAACUGGACUGUGGUGGAUAAGUUUUUGUUAGAGACUGAAAAAGUUGAGGAUUGUUGAGCCUUUUUUCUAGUGAACUAGCAGGCACAUAUCACAAGUGUUACGAUUUUUUAAAAUGUAAAAACUACUGACUGGAUCACUUUAUCUAACAUCCAUGUAAACGUGUUUGCUGGAAUCUCUGAUCCGGUUGAUUUUACCUCUGCUGCAUAUCCCAUAAACACAUUUUCCCUCCAGAUGUGGCUCCAUUUAAAAGGGAAACAAACUGUUUUUUUGUUACAAAAGAAAUAAUGCACCACUCGCUGUUUCUGAUCAGAUUAAUUUAUGUACCUCAGAUAACUUCCUAUCAGUUAAAACUGGUUUGAUAAUACAACUGUAAAGUUUUCACUAAAAACAAUCUGCUAGCAGUUAGCCUGUUUAUGACUUGCUGUCACACAGGACGGAGACAGUUUCCACAUUGUUUAAAGAAUCAUUAAGAAUUAGAAAGGAACAGUUUGAAAUGUGUUUUUCCAGUAGUAGCUACUCCACUUGGUUUGUAGGGUUUUCCAUUAGCAUCUUUCCAGACAGGGUACAUAACCUUUUAUAAGACUUUCCUGAUCCCUGAGGGAGCUGAAGCAGCCUCUGACUGAACACACCUCACUGUGGUGUGGGCUCCAUCUGGGUGAAAUAAAGUAGUGAAGUGAGGUUUCUCAGCCUCAGGAUGCUACAGGACUACGACGGCUCCAUGAAUGUACAUAAAUAAAAAACAGGUGGAUUUAUUCCUGGUUUUGUUUUUGUUCUUUUGUCUUUCCACACCCACAUUAGUGGGGCUGAACACGAGCUGAAACGUGAUUUGUCAUGUCCUGUGCACACAGGAAGUUGUUUCAAACUGAAAUUGAGCUUUUAGACCAACUUUCUGACCUCCAGAACCAAGUAGAGCCCAUCGGACUGCAGCUCUGCGUCCUCACAUGGAGCACCGUCUCUGGAGAGCUGAGCCUGAACAUGUCGGCCUGGUUUCUGAGUUUACUUUUACCUUUAUUUUAAAGUGAAUUUUUAUCUUUAAGACUGUAAAAAUUACUAAUUUUUAAAAAAUAAUCAGCUCUGUGUUUCUUCAGUCUGACACUGAGUUGAUUAUUUUUUUGUCUCAACACACUGCAGAAGCUGAAUCAAGUAGUAGUUAAAAACAUUUUGGCUGCAGUUGAUGGAAAAUGCUUUUCAUCUCUCUGGAGGAUGUUUGAUUUCUUACCAAGAAUCCAUCGGCUCAUAUCCAACGACAAUCAUUUCCUGGAAAUGAGACUAAAACAUCUGGAAUCUGUUAGAUGUUUGGAGCAAGUGGACACAAGAUGUAGAUCUAACUGUAAAGGCUGAAGGGACUCUUGGUGUUUGAAUGUAAUUUUUCACAGUGACAAGAAAUAAAACCUCUUUAAUUGAA